AUGGAUGAUAGUAACAGUAAGGACAAUUCAAUUGUGGAAACAAUUAAAGUUGCAAACACUCCAAAAGAUUUAAAUAGUUUGAAGGGGUUUCAAUGGUGGAGAAGGACAUUUCAAUAUAAUACUGGUUUAGGAUUGACUCCAGAGGAGAAAAGUAACUAUGAAAAUGAUUAUCAAUAUAUUUUGACAAGAAAGCAAUGUAAUAGUUGCUAUGAGUAUAGAGAUUGGCUUCUCAAGUAUUCUCCAACGGUAAGAUUUAUGAUUCAACAGAUUUCAAAAUUAAGUGAAAAUAAUCCCAACAUCGAUAAUAAGACGGUGAAAUCCUUUGAUGAAUCCAAGAUUAUAUGUGACGUUUGUCCUGAAUUAAGAAGUGGUGGGUUCCAUCCAGAUUAUGGUAUCUUAAUAUGUCAAAAUAGAAUCAGAGAUAAGUGGCAUCUAGAAGAUACUUUGGCGCAUGAAUUGGUGCAUCAAUUUGAUAAUUUAAAAUGGAAAGUAGAUUGGUUGAAUUUAAAGCAACAUGCUUGCUCAGAGAUUAGGGCAUCAUCAUUAAGUGGCGAAUGUAGAUUUUUCCAAGAAUUCUCAAAGAGAGGCUUUGGAUUCACAAUUGCUAAAGGGCAUCAGGAAUGUGUAAAAAGGAGAGCAGUAUUAAGUUUAAUGGGGAAUCCUAAUUGUAAGGAUAAAAAACAAGCUGAAUUGGUGGUAGACGAGGUUUGGGAAAGUUGUUUUAAUGAUACAAGACCUUUUGAAGAUAUUUAUAGAUGA